AUGAAUCAACAGCCAAGUGGAACAAGCUCUGGCUUCCAACAAGCACAAGCUUAUUCCGGCGGUUGGAGUGGCAUUGGUCACGGAGCAAGAGCACCACCUUCAGUCGCAUCUUCGUCAAACAAUACCUACCUUAUGCCCGCCAGUCCUUCCAAGAGAGCACGAAUGUCAAAAGAAAGCUACAAGCCUAAAGUGUCAAGGACUUGCGGGCAAAGACCCGCCUGCUUGGUCAAUGCUUCCGUGACUUAUUGUGGAAAGAAUCAGAUCUAUGCAUUCGGGGGCUUCGACCAGUAUACUGAUGAGGUCUAUAAUCAUGUCCUGAGGCUAGACCUACAUACGCUGCAAUGGACACUUGUGGACAACUACGGAGAUAUCCCAGGCGUGCGGAUGGGUCAUACCGCUUGCCUUUGGCAAGGCUCAAAGCUUCUGGUCUACGGCGGCGAGAACGAGCAUCGGGAAUAUCUCUCUGACGUCGUUAUAUACGAUCUCGCAACUUCUCAUUGGACUCAGCCCGAAAUCAAAGGUCCCAUACCAAAAGGCCGAGCAAGACAUGCCGCAGCGGUCUACGAUGACAAGCUUUUCAUUGUUGGAGGUCUAGCUGGCGUGGAAACCUACACACUAGAUGAGAUAUGCUACCUUGACCUCAAGACAUGGACCUGGUCUAGAUCCUGGACUUUCGUCGCACGCUUCGACCAUUCUACGUGGAUAUGGGGAGGCCGCAUAUGGGUCUUUGGCGGUCUAGGGCCUGACAUGGAGCGUACUGGCGAAUUAUGGUCACUAGAUCUGAAGAACAGUCCUGCCUUCAAAUCUGUCCCGGCACACAGUAUUUCUGAGUCCACAACGGAGAGAGCAGGGCCGAGUCCACGUUCGCAUUUCGGCCAACACCCUUCAGCGCAGCAUGUUCAUACAGGAGGAAGCGGUAGCUACACUGCCAAUUCAAGUAGCGUGCAGGUCCGCAGCUCCAAUCUUGUCGCCAAGCCCGCAGCUCCUGGAGCCAUGACGUCCACGAAGUUUGUAUCAGGCCCAAAUGUUCCGUCUCCGGCUCUAGGAACACAUUUCCACGUCUAUUCUUCUGGCGCCCUACUGGACUUCGUUACUCCAGCGGGCACUAUCCGUCCAUCAGAAUGUAAUCUUUCAGCCCUCGAGCUCGGUACUCAACAAUGGCAACGACUUGCCGAAGGUUCCGAGAUUUUUGAUCCGUCUUACCGUUGGCAUUACUGUGCGGUAAACGAGGAGGGAACAACGGCCUGGCUCCUCGGAUGUGCAAUGGAACCUUCGGAGAAUGGUGCUGCAAAUCUCGAAGAGUACCUCAGCGAUGUAUUGGCGAUAGACCUCCGCGAAUUCGGCUUGCUGGGCAGUGAGUCGACAUGGGAGCCUAGUGCGGAGAGUUCCAGAAUGCCUGCUUCCGACACACACUCCACCUCACACAUGAGCAGCCUUGGUUCAGAUCUGGCGUCAAUGUUUGAUCGGGCGCCAGAGGCAAGUGGUAGCGACUUUACCAUUACCGCAAACAACGACGAUCCAACGGAUGACGACAACGUAUCGGCAAUUUCUAUAGUUACGACUACAGAUGCGUCUCAGACGCCAUUCUUCUUGAAUGCUUCGGACUCGACGUCCACCCCCAUCCACGUGCACAAGCUAAUCUUGCAAGCUCGCUGGCCGCACUUUAACCGAGUCUAUAAGUCGCAGAUGUCAGAAUUUCAUACGAAAAAAAUGCACAUUCAAGAGCCGUACAGCGUUGUCCGAGCUUUUCUCUACUAUCUCUAUACUGAUAGCAUUGACAAGCAUCCCGAGUACUGUCCGGAUCUCCGAGAAGUUGCUGGCCUUCUUGUUAUGUCUGAUGUUUACGAUAUGCCAGAGCUGCGUCUACAGUGCGUUCGUCGGCUCAGUCGCGAGUUAGACGUCGAGCAUGCAGCGGUGGUGUGGGAGCGGGCAGGAACGGCGAAAGAGGAGUGGCUUCGAAGACGUGCGGCCAACUACUGCCUGACUCAUUGGGGACGUGUGGUGAGGACGGAGGGCUUCCGCAGUCUGAGUCGACACAGCAUGAUGGAAUUAUGUGAGGUAAUCGAUGUGGACGGUAGAGUGAUUGGAGGGGAGGAAUUGGAGGUGGUGGGAGGUCUCGGAGGUGGUAAGGUUGGUGUUGGUGGAUCUGGCAGUGAGCUGGCGAGGAGAAGUGCCAGAGCACAGGGAGGUCAUGUUGCUGAUGAGAUGGAUGACAAUGAAAUGCAGGAAGACGAGGGUAUGGAAUUGAACUGA